ACUUUGUAGAGCCGCCCCUGUUGAAUAGGAACCAGGAGGUCAUCCCCAGAGACUAGAUCCAGUUCUGGUGCCCACAGUUCAAACCGGAUGGGUCAGACCAAUGGUCCAUCUAGCCCAGUAUCCUGUCUACCAACAGUGGCCAAUGCCAGGUGCUUUGGGGAAUGAACAGCACAAGCAAUCAUUGAGUGAUUCAUCCCCUGUUGUCCACUCCCAGCUUCUGGUGGCACAUUGGAGUGGGUUCAUAGGCAUUGCCAGACUGGCUCAGAUCCUAGCACCAGCUAGCGCCAUAUUCCAACUCUGACAGUGCCCCAGCUGCUGCAGAGAAAGGUGUGAGAACCCUACAGUAGCACAUGUGGGGUAAUCUGCCCCCCAUGUUAGGUCUCAGCCUGGACUGUAACAGCAUAAUGGCCUGAAGUGCCGGCCACAAGAAUGGUUCCGGGUCUGGCAAUACCUUCCUUGUAGCGAAAGACGGAAGAAGCUCCAUCUCUUUGGUUUCUCCAAGGGAAGGCUCAGAGGUAACUUGAUUCGGGUUUACACGCCCCUGCAUGGGAAGGAGAUUCCUGAGCAGCUGUGUCUGUCAUCCACAAAGUCUGAACGAGAUGCACAGCUGGGAGCUGCAGCAGACCGGAACGAAGGUGGACAGUUUUGACAGUGUGGGGAAGCAGCCACUGGGGCAGCCUCCCCAAGGGACAUGGUGGAUUCUCUAUCCCUUGGGGUCUUUAGAUGGCGACUGGAAGGUCAUCCUCGAAGACAUGCUGUAGCUCUGCCACGAGCUGUGGGCUUCAUGCAGAGAUCUCUGGGAUUCCCCAUCCUCGACCCAACCACGACCCCCCGGAUGGAGCGAGGGGAAGAGCCCAGGGUGCGAGAUCUCCAGGGCUCCGAGGGGAGGGAGAUCCCGAGAGGUGCUUGCGCAGUAGGUGCCGGGACAACCAGUGAGAAUGGGGAGGAGACUCCCCAGCACGACGGGCCUGCAAAACCAGAGCAACACGGGACGUCCUGGAGCCCCGAGCAGGGAGAUGUCGGUGGGGCAGGACGGCAGCAAGGAGAGCUCCCGAGGGAGAGCUCUGCUGAACGGGAAGGAGAUCCCUGGCAGCUCCAAGACUCCUCUGGGUGUCAGGAGGAGAGACUGGCCAUAUGUGGGCAGUGUGGGGAGAGCUUCUCUCAAUACAAAGACCUCGCUGAGCACCAGAGAUCCCAUAGAGGGGAGAGACCCCAUCAAUGCCCUGACUGCAGGAAGGGUUUCACCUGCAGCUCCCACCUCCUCCAGCACCAGCGCACCCACACUGGCGAGAGACCCUUCCAGUGCCCCGACUGCGGGAAGGGCUUUGGGGUCAGCUCCCACCUCGUUGUCCACCAGCGGGUCCACACAGGGGAGCGCCCCUACAAAUGCCCCGACUGCGGGAAGGGCUUCAGCCAGAGCUCCCACCUGGCCAAGCACCAGCGCACCCACACCGGGGAGCGGCCCUACAGGUGUGCGGCCUGUGGGAAGAGCUUUGGGGACAGCUCCUACCUGAUCCAGCACCAGCACACCCACACCGAGGAAAGCCCUGGCCUGGCCGGUGGGAUGGGUGCGGAGGAGAGGCCUUACCCUUGUCCCCAUUGCGGGAAGAGCUUUGGCACCAAGCUGGCCCUGAGCCGGCACCAGAAGGUGCACAGCGAGGAGCGGCCCUAUGAGUGCGCCGAGUGCGGGAAGAGCUUCAAGCUAAGCCGGCUGCUUAUCCAACACCAGCGGAUCCACACCGGGGAGCGGCCCUACCGAUGCCCCGACUGCGGGCAGAGCUUCGGCCGCAGCUCCCACCUCCGCUCGCACCAGCACAUCCACACCGGCGAGAAACCCCACCCCUGCCCUGACUGCGGGAAGGGCUUCAGCCACGGCUUCCAGCUGGCUCAGCACCGGCGCGUCCACACGGGGGAGCGGCCCUAUGGGUGCCCUGACUGCGGGCGCAGCUUCAGCCACCGCUCCACCCUCAUCAAGCACCAGCGCACCCACACCGGGGAGCGGCCCUACCACUGUGCCCAGUGUGGCAAGGACUUCAACUGGAGCUCGGCCUUCAUCAAGCACCGCCGGACCCACUCGGAGGAGCGGCCCUUCCGCUGCGCGGACUGCGGGAAGGGCUUUCGCGAGAGCUGCACCCUCAUCCAGCACCAGAAGAUCCACUCGGAAGAGAAACCCUACAAAUGCCCCGACUGCUGCAAGAGCUUCAGCCUCAGCUCCUACCUUGCCAGGCACCAGAAAAUGCACACGAAACGAGGAGGAGCCGGGGCAGUCUCGGGAAGAGGUGUGGCCAGAACCCCACAAAUGUCCCUCUUGCCACCCGAGCUGGGGGAGCCACUGACCAUCUGCAGCCAGUGCGGGAAGAGCUACAGCCUGAGCACCCAGUUCCUGCGGCACCAGCGGACCCACGUCCGUGAAAAACCCUUCAAGUGCGACGAGUGCGGGAAGAGCUUCGUGGACAGCUCGGCCCUGCUCACGCACCGGCGUGUCCACACCGGGGAGCGGCCCUACCGCUGCGCCGACUGUGGCCGGAGCUUCAGCCGCAGCUCCAACCUGAUCCGGCACCAGCGCACCCACCGGGGACUGCGGCCCCACCAGUGCCCCGAUUGCGGGAAGAGCUUUGCUGAGGCCGCCUGCUUCCUGCAGCACCGGCACUCCCAUGCAGGCGAGCGCCCCUACCUCUGCCCUGACUGCGGGAAGAGCUUCCGCCACCGCUCCGUCCUCCUGGCCCACCGCCGCACCCACCUGGGGGAGCGGCCCUACACCUGCUCUGAUUGUGGGAGGAGCUUCCACCAGAGCUCCCAGCUCUCCGCCCACUGCCGGGCUCACCUGGGCGUCAGGCCCUUCCAGUGCCCUGACUGUGGGAAGAGCUUCUUGGACAGUUCCUCUCUGAUCAUCCACCAGCGCAUCCACACCGGAGAGAAACCCUACAGGUGCCCCGAGUGCGGGCGCAGCUUCAGCCGCAGCUCCAACCUCCUCCGGCAUCAGCGCCUCCAUGCCAAGGAGCAGCCCUUCAAGUGCCCCCAGUGCGGGAGGAGCUUCCGGGAUGGCUCAGGUCUGGCUCAGCACGAGGGGUCCCACCUGAAAGCUAAGACGUACCAGUGCACCCAGUGUGGGAAGGGUUUCAGCCAGAGCGCCACCCUCAUUAGGCAUCAGAGAAUUCACACCGGGGAGCGGCCCUACACCUGCUCUGAGUGCGGGAAGAGCUUCAGCCAGAGCUCCACCCUCUUCCGACACCGGAGGAUCCACACAGGCGAAAGGCCCUACAAGUGUCCCCAGUGUGGGAAAAGCUUCAUCGAGAGCUCGGCCCUGAUCCAGCAUCAGAGAAGUCACACGUGACAGAGGCUACUAGGGGAGUGCAUCCAUUGGAAGUCAACCAUUGGCCAGUAUCAGAGUGGUGCUGGUAGGAGCAGGUGCCUGGAAUAUCAUGGAUUAAUUGGCGGGAGGAAACAUCAACCAUUGGCCAAUGUCAACGUGGUAUUGGCAUGACAGCAUGGCUGGAACAUCGUAGAUUAAUUGGCUGGAGGAGAGCAUCAACUAUUGACCAAUAUCACCAUGGUGUUGUUGUGCAUUUGUGUCUGGAAUAUCAUAGAUUCAUCAGAUGGAUGAGAAUGUCAACAACUGGCCAAUGUCAACAUGGCUUUGGUGUGAGAAGUGUGCCUGAAUUAUCACAAAUUAAUCAACGGGAGGAGGUCAACCAUUGGCCAAUGUCAACAUGGUUUUGGUGUGAGAAUGUGGCUGGAUUAUCGUAGAUAAAUCAACCCGAGGCGAAGAUCAACCAUUGGCCAAUGUCAACGUGGUUUUGAUGUGAGAAUGUGGCUGGACUAUCAUAGAUAAAUUGACUGGAAUUUUCAAAUGACCCUAAUGGUGUGACCAGGUUCGAAAUCCCCCCUUGGAAAUCCCAACCAUAGGUGUGGAAGGCCAGGAAGAACCAUUACUAUCACCCAGCCUGUCCUUGUGCCUAGCACGAUGAUAUACUGACGUUCAGGAGGUGCGGAGUCUGCUCAGUGUGCCUAGGAAUCCUUGGUGUGGACCAAUACCCCGUGGUGUUUGGUGCUGUACAAACACGGAACAAGACGUCAGUCCCUGCCCCAGAAACCGUACAAUCUAAGUCCGAAACAAGAGACCACCGAUGGAUACAGACGGAAUGAUGGUGGAGUACAAGGAAACAAUGGGACAGUACUGGUCAGCGUGACUGACUGUGAUCUCAGCACCAGCAGGCUCACCACUGUCAAGUUUUUGGUAGGACUGAUGGCAUAGGAGGGAUUUGAAGGAGGAGGAUGUUUAAGGGGGAGCCCCCUCCCCGGCGUGAGGGGUCAGCGGGGAGAAAGCACAAAGGGGCUGGUUGGAAAAUGUUAAUCCAAUCUGGGCUGAAUAAUGGUCAGUGAUGGAGAGUCCACCACGACCCUUGGAGAGUGGUGUUUAUGCUUAAUUAUUAUCCUCACAAAACUUUGCUCCUUAGUUCCUGUCUGAAUUUGUCUAGCUUCAACCUCCAGCCAUUAGAUUUUGUUAUGCAAUGUAACUGUAUCAGUAAAAAAAAAAAAAAAAUCACACCCUGACCAACAAAGCUCUGCUGGUAAAAGACCUAGGGGAGACAGUAAUACUGGUGAAAAAGGCCCGUUGUAGGGUGACCAAAUGUCCUGAUUUUAUAGGGACAGUCCCAAUUUUUGGGUCUUUUUCUUAUCUAGGCUCCUAUUACCCCCCACCCCCAUCCCGAUUUUUCACACUUGCUGUCCGGUCACCCUGGCCUGCUGUUGGAAUAGCUUAUUCUGGCCGGGGAACUGAUACAAUCCAAGCUAAAAUAACUCUUUUGGUGGUAUAAGCGAUGUCUCCACUAGGCGGCUUGCUAAUAUAACUAUCCUGCUAUAACAGGGGUUCGCAAACUCUUUUUGCUGGGACGGGGACCCCCUUUGAAAAUAUUUCCAGCUGUGAUGACCUCCCCCAAAAAAGCAGCGCCCCCCCCAUACCAUGCCAUCCUUCCUUCUGCGCUGCUGCUGGCAACAGCGCUGCCUUCAGGCCUGCAGCCACCGCUCUCGCGACCCCCCUACGAUAGUCUUGUGGCCCCUUUUUGGGCCAGGAGCCCCCAGUUUGAGAAACUCUGUGCUAUAAAUUAUAAACCCAAAGAAAAGCUCUGGGUAAGCGCGUCUCUCUUACCAACAGAAGUUGGUCCAUUCAAAGAUAUUACAAAACCUCACCCACCUGGUC